GGGCCCCCGGGAGAGCCAGGCAGGCCAGGUCCUCCGGGUCCUCCUGGCCCAGGUCCGGGUGGGGCAGCGCCCCCUGCCGGCUACAUGCCUCGAAUCGCCUUCUACGCGGGCCUGCGGCGGCCUCACGAGGGUUACGAGGUGCUGCGCUUUGACGACGUGGUGACCAACGUGGGCAAUGCGUACGAGGCGGCCAGUGGCAAGUUUACCUGCCCCAUGCCGGGAGUCUACUUCUUCGCUUACCAUGUGCUCAUGCGCGGCGGCGACGGCACCAGCAUGUGGGCAGAUUUGAUGAAGAAUGGACAGGUUCGGGCCAGCGCCAUUGCUCAGGAUGCAGACCAAAACUAUGACUACGCCAGCAACAGCGUCAUUCUACACCUUGAUGUGGGCGACGAGGUUUUCAUCAAGCUCGACGGGGGGAAGGUGCACGGCGGCAACACCAAUAAGUACAGCACCUUCUCGGGCUUCAUCAUCUACCCGGACUGACGGGCACCAUCCCCGCCCCUUCGCUCCCCCUUCGCUCCAGGCCUCACUCACUUCCUGUGGGCCCCGCCCAAGGCGCCACCCCAUCCUUUAAAAACCUGGGACGGACCCUCCCACUCGGAGGCAGCCGAAGGGCGGACUCUUGGGGCUCUAGGCGCGGCGGGAGGAGAGGGGCUCUGAGGACCAGCCGCAUCCGCUAGCUGCGUGGGAAAGUAGGACCAGAAUGGGUCCAAAAUCGUGAUCCGCUCCUCUGCCUGGAGCUGGGGGAGCAGCUUCACUAGCCAGGGCUCAGAGGCCCAGAAAGCGGAAGGGAAGCCAUGGUGGCUAAGGAGGCAAAGAAUAGAAACUGGGAGCCAGUGUGUUGGCGAGAAGAGACACUAGGUCGGGAUAGGCACUGGUCCUCGAUUGACAAUUUUCUCUAGACAUCCCUUCCUCCUUCAUCUCCAUUUUCGUGCUAGAGGCUCCAGCCUUGGCAGCCUUCCAGUGAACUGGAGGUACUGGUGAAUUUUUUCCUAGCAUUUAAAUUCAUUCUGUACAAUCACCAUUCCAUCCUCUUGGGCCUAGGCCUCAGGGCUAUAGCUGCUGUAGGCUCUUCCAAUAAAAUGAGGUUGGGAGA